AUGAAAAGAGAAAACAAAGCACAAAACAUAGGCACUUUUAAUAGAAGAAAAUCAUUCAGAAAUAACAGACCUCCAAUUGCGACAUUCCCCAAAACCACUGUUGCUUCUAAAAAGCCGACCACUGCUGCAUCCAAACCCAAACCUUCAACUCAAAAACCUUCACCGCAAAAACCACCCCAAAAGAAGCAGAAAACAGCUUCAUCACCACCACCAUCCUCAACAAAACCAACAGAUGUUGAUGCAUCAAAAACAUCAACAGAUGUUAAGGCAACAGCUGUUGAGACACCAGUGGUUUCAGCAAUUGUUAGCCAAACCACUGACUCAGUUCAUUUUGAUCCUCCACCAUCAACACAACCACCAACACGUCAAAGAUUUCCCUCACAAUCAACCUUUUCACCUAAACCACCUUCUCCAUCUAAAACUCCUCCUCCUCCUCCAAAGUUUGCCUAUGCGAGAAAAAGGAAAUUUGUGGUACUUGAUGAAGAGAAAGAAAUUCCAUCACCAAUUCCUUUAUCAUCUGCUCCUACACAAGUUAUUCCACCCUCAUCAUCUCCACAAACAAACCCACUCAAUCAUCCACCCAUUGGUUACAUGCCACGCAACAUCCCCAUUGGCAACUCAAUAUCCUCUGGAACUGCUUGCAGUCCAAGAUGA